CGUUUUCGACCCCAACGACCACAUCCAAAACAUCAGUUCGAGUACCAUAGCUUGCGCAAAGAAGAUCUAUUAUCGCUAUCUAUCGUUUUCGCAUAAGCAUAGACCAUCUGACACAUCACACAACAAACCAAACCACCGAACUAUGCUCGUGGUGUAAGCCACCUUAUUUCCCCUUACCUCAACCACUCGCGCAUUAAAAUCCACUACCAACCAUGGCAAACACCGGCUACUCCUCACCAUUUCCCACGUCGCACGAUACAAUCGGCGCAUCCACCCUAAUCACACCAUUCCACAUGCCCUCCUCGCCGCCAACACCCGCCCGCGAAGCGCCCGAAUCCCCAUCUCACUCCCCCCUGGGCUCGCCCGUCCCGCAAAGCCCGACUCUCGAUCGCUUGGCAAAACAUGACGCGGAAGAUUCAGAUGAUGACGAUGAGGAGGAGAGAGAUGUUGCGCGGCAACGUGAAAUCGAUUCGCCGGUGUUGUCAAGGGCGUCGUCGCCAGAUCGUGCUGCGAUGGCCGAUUUGGAUGCGCGCCUUGCGGAAUAUUCGCUUGAUUUCAGGAGGCUAGGGGGCGAUAAGGAUGAUGACAUGUUACCGGGUAUGAAGUGGUUUGCGGAGGAGGAUAAGGUGUCGGAAGUUGGUGGGCCGGAGGAUUUUACGGCGAAUUUAGAGAAAUAUUUGAUGGGGGAUGACGACGAUGAGGAGAGUCUUGAAAAAGGACUGGAAGAGCAGCGCGUACAAACGGAGGAACGCGGCAAGGGCAAUAACGAAGAAAAGGAACCUGCGCAGGAACAAGAGCAGAAUUCCAAAUUGCAAUCCGCAGAAAACGAGGCGGAACUUGGUGAAUACAGCGAAUUCGGCCCCCCGGUCGACAUGUCGACUCCCUCCCACCUCCUUCACAGAACACAGAGUGGAAUCGCGAAAGAUGUUACUCAUAUGGAGGGUAUUGAAGAAGACGAUGAAAUGGAACCAGUAAUCACCCCGUCCGUCCAGAAACAACGACAACGAAGUCUUUCCAGCAGGUUCGAAGAGGAGAGGACCAAAGAUUUACACCAACAAAUUGCGGAUCUACAACAGGCAUUGCGGGACAAAGAUGAACAACUAGAGAAGAACCACAACCGAAUCCGUGAAGCCGCUUCUGCUGGCGAACAAAUCCGCCACCUCCAGACAGAAUUGCAGCGCAAGUCUUCAUUGCUUGACGAACUCCAGGCGCAAGGCAGCGACGAGGAACUCUUGCGCGAACAAGUACAAUUACUACAGAAGCAGAACCAGAAUAGAGAGACGUCCUUCCGAAAUUCCAUGAAUUCGACCGACAUUGGCGCACUCCGGAGACAAAUGGAGGAGAUGCAAAAGGAAUUGCAAAAUCGAAAUACGUCUGGCUUGGAUGCUGAAAGACUGGACACCAUCGCCCAUCUCCGCCAGCAGCUCAGCUUGUCCCAGGAUCAAUUGAAGAAACGCGAUGCAACUCUCGACGAAACCAUGGCGAAGCUCCGGGAGGUGACCACAGGCAAGGAGCAGCAGCUUCAAGAGAAGAACAGGGAGAUCGACAGCCUCAGGGCACAGGUCGAUGACCAAGCCUUGGAAAUCGAGAAGCUGGAGACCGACGUGGACCGCGCGAACACGGAUUACCAGACUCUCGAGAAUCGAAUUGCUUCCCUCGAGACCCAAAAUGCCCCAUUGGAGGAGAGAAAUAGUACCCUCGAAGCUGACCUGACGCGCGCGCAGUCUCAGGUGACAGCCCAGGAGAACGCCCUCAAGGUGAUGGCUGCAGACCUCCCCUCCGGAACAGGAGGACAGAAGACCUUUACAGAGAUCCUAGACCUAAUCAAGGAUCUCGAUCCGCAGGAGGAAGAACCAGAACCUUUCCUCCCGGGGCCUAGAAAUUCUACUAGGGAAUAUGAACUUGAAUAUCUCCGCCAGGAAACCGCAAAGCUGCAGAACGAGUUAAACGAGAAAUCACAAUCCGAAAAGACUCUGCAAGCCGAACUAUCGCAGGCCCGCGAACAAGCCACAGAAACCCAAUCCCUCCUCAAAUCAAUUGAAACUGAAAACACCCGUCUCACCAGACGUGCCGAUGACCUUAAAUCCAACUUUGACAGAGUUCAGCGUGAACUCCAACAGUUGAGAACCGACCACUCCACCGCCCUUCAAACAAUCGACCGCCUCCAACACCAAGACGACACCACUUUUCAACAACCAAGCCCACCUCCCUCACCCCCAGGCCCGCACACCCAAAACAUCAACUCCAGUCUCAACACAAACGCCCAAACAAUUGCCACCCUCCAGGCAUCCCAUAAAACCCAACUCAAAACUCUCCAAUCCCUCCUCUCCGCUGCCGAAAGGCGCGAAUCCCGCCUCCGCUCCGACCUCCAAUCCCUCCGCACCAGCAACUUCUCCAACUCCACUUCCACCGCAGACCCGCGCCUCGACACCCUAUCCUCCGAAGUCGAACGUCUAAAAUCUAUAAUCGCAGCAAAGGAUGAAACAGCCGCAGCGAUGGACGCGAAAAUCGCGCGGUCCGUAGAGAAGCGCGAGAAGGAGUGGGAGAAGAGGGUUGAGCUAUUGCUUAGAGAGAGAGAAAGGAUGGGGAAGGCGCUUUUGUGGACGUGGGGGGAGAAGGAGGUUGGAGAUAAGGAGGGGGUGAAUAUUCAUGGGGAGGAUGGGAGGAAGGUUAGGCAGGGGUACCGGUAUAAAUAUGCUAAUGGUAGUGGUAAGGGUAAUGGGAGUGUGAGUACGCGGAGGUGAUAGUUGAGUUCGUUUCUGGUUCUCGUUUUGUCCCCUUUUUUUGGGGCGUGACUGUAUUAUAUAAAUGAUCACUGGGUAAGAUAGGGAUGGGUUGGCGUUUGUCUGGGUAUUGUCUGAUAUAUUCAAUGCAUGCGUGUUCAUAUCGAUUUGCAAGGUUCAAUUGUAAAACUGUUAAACAAAUCAAACCAAUCAAUUCAAAUGGAUAUAAUUAAGCAAGAUUAAGCAUAAUGAUGUGGUAUCAUAAAACAACAUAAUC